AUGGAAGCAUUGGUUUAUACAUUCCUGUUAGUCUCUACUCUGGGAAUAAUUUUUUUCACUAUCUUUUUUCGAGAACCUCCUAAGGUUCCGACUAAAUAA